CGAUGAGGUGUCUCCUGAUCGUUUUCUUACUUUGGUGUUGUCCUUCAGAGCAUUUCAUUUCUGAAGUGACUCGUCCUGUUAGUAAUUUAUUCCUAUUUUCUAUUACAUUUUGAGUCCCUUAUGGAACAGGGACCGUGUUUUAUGUGAUUAGCAUACAUCGAUCUGGCACUUGGCCGAGGAUUGAGCCCAAGGAAAAAAAACCUUUAAAAAUGCAUAAAAUAAAGCCAACUGGAUGAUGUGAGCUAAUCAAAUAGAUGGAAGAUGAUGGAAUGCCCCACCUUCCUUCCUUCAUAAAACAGGCAUAUUUUUCCCCAGAGUCAUUUGGAUGGCUGUCAACAUUCACACUGUGCCCACAACUGCAUGCUUAGCGCCCGCCUAGGAAAUGGAAAUGCAGAGCGAGUCCAUGGCCGUGGAGAAUCAUCUUCAGUUUCCUGUGUUAGUGCAAAGAAGUCCUCCUGGCGAGGGAAGCACGCGAGAACGGAUCAAAGCAAAGCUGAGGAAGAACUUUGUCUGCACAACCGGGAAGUUGAAAGCUAUGAUCUUAGACUUCUUCCCCGUAGUGGGGUGGCUUCCACACUAUCGGUUCAAAGAAUACAUCUGGGGGGAUAUAAUGUCGGGUCUCAUUAUCGGGAUCAUUUUAGUGCCACAGGCCAUUGCUUACUCUCUGCUCGCCGGCCUGAAGCCCAUUUACUGCCUUUACACGUCUUUCUUUGCCAACAUCAUUUACUUCACGAUGGGAACUUCUCGGCAUGUUUCGGUGGGCAUCUUCAGCUUAUUGAGCCUCAUGGUGGGCCAAGUGGUGGACAGAGAACUGCAGCUGGCAGGAUUUGACCUGAAUGAUGAUAUGCCGGCAGGGAACGCCAGUGGCAUGAACUUAACAACUGUCCCCUUGACUCUCGGAGGAAUGGGCGUGGAAUGUGGGAAAGAGUGUUACGCAAUCAGCAUUGCUACAGCCUUAACUUUUCUUGCCGGAGCGUAUCAGGUUCUCAUGGGACUUUUUCAUCUAGGUUUCAUCUCAAUGUACCUCUCAGAGCCUCUGCUAGACGGUUUUGCCACCGGAGCAUCUUUAACAAUCUUAACGUCCCAAGUUAAGUACCUCUUUGGAAUCAGAAUUCCACGCCAUCAUGGCUACGGAAUGUUCCUCGUGACCUGGAUCAAUCUCUUUCAAAAUAUCUCACAGGCCAAUGUGUGUGAUGUCGUAACAAGUGCCAUUUGUCUGGUUGUGCUGGUCGCUGCCAAAGAAUUAACGGACCGGUACAAACAGCAGCUGAAGAUCCCUCUUCCGAUAGAGCUGAUCGUCAUCAUUGUGGCCACUUUAAUCUCCCACUACGGGAAUUUAAAUGAAAGGUAUGCCUCAAGCAUCUCUGGGGAAAUUCCGACAGGAUUUAUCGCCCCCAAAGCGCCAGACUUCCAGUUAAUGCGACGGGUCGCUCUGGAUGCCGUCCCCCUCGCCGUCAUUGGCUUUGCAUUUACGGUGUCCCUCUCAGAGAUGUUUGCCAAAAAAUUUGCCUACACUAUCAAAGCCAAUCAGGAAAUGUUUGCAAUCGGUUUCUGCAACAUAAUUCCAUCUUUCUUUCAUUCUAUCAUAACCAGCGCGGCUCUCGCAAAAAGCCUCGUUAAAACGUCGACGGGUUGUCACACCCAAGUGUCGAGUGUGGUGAGCGCGGUGGUGGUGUUGUUGGUGCUGCUUUUCUUUGCACCCCUCUUUUAUUCCUUGCAAAAAUGCGUUUUGGCCUGCAUCAUCAUCGUCAGUCUGAGAGGAGCCCUUCGGAAAUUCAAAGAAGUAGCGAAGCAGUACCGCCUGAGCAAAAUCGACACGUUGGUUUGGUGCGUCACGAUGGCCUCUUGUGCCUUAAUCAGUACAGAAAUUGGACUGUUGGUAGGUGCUGUGUUUUCGAUCAUGUGCAUCGUCAGUCGCACGCAGCGGCCUCACACCGCCCUGUUAGGGCAGAUCGAAAACACGGUCUUCUACGAAGAUGACAGGGAAUAUGAAAAUCUUUUACCUGUGCUCAAGAUCAAGGUAUUUCGUUUCGAGGCACCGCUCUACUAUGCGAAUAAAGACUUCUUUGUAAGGUCUCUCUAUAGAAUGACAGGGCUAGAUCCCGUCUUGGAAACAGCAAAGAGGAAAAAGGGGGCAAAAGGAAAGAGGAUCCACCCUGAAAAGGGCAAUGAGGAAGAAGCAAGUUGGAAAGGACUGAGCCAAAUUGAUACGACCUCCUCUCUGGUCCCAAACCAGGUUGAUUUUCAAACCAUCAUUAUUGAUUGCUCUUCGGUCCUCUUUUUAGACACAGCUGGCAUCAACACAUUUAAAGAAAUAGCGAAAGACUAUAAGGAAGUAAAUAUCGCCGUUCUUCUUGCUUGUUGCAAUCCCUCCGUGAUUGACUCUCUGAAAAGGGGUGGCUACUUUGGGAAUGCUGAAAUCACCAAGGAACUGGUGUUUUACAGUGUACACAGUGCCAUUCAGUUUGUAAGAGAGAGAGAGGGGAUGGCGGACUCUACCGUUUAGAUUCCGGGGGUUAAUCCCGGGCAGCCUCUCAAAGCCUUUAAAGCGGGGUUCCGAUGCUCAUUUGUGAUCUCUAGUGUCCACGUUAGUGAGGGUUUGUAGUGCCAUCCCCGAGGAGCCCAGUCCCAGGAUGGUUCAAGGGAGGGAAGGUGGGAGAAACCGCUCAGGCGGUGGAGCAGCAAAUUAAGACAACCCAUUCAAAAUGGACUUGUUUGAGGAAAAGUCGCAAAACAUUGCUUUAAAGUCAACACUGCCAAGACUAGGGAAAGAAGGCCAUGGUAAUGAUUGAGUCCAAUUCGUCACUCUUCCCUCACAAAAGUGCAGUGCCAUGCUUCCUUCCCAGGGCGGGCUGGGGGGGAGGGGGCGGCGGGAGGUGAGGAAACUGUUCCCCUGGAGAUAUCGGCCAUGGUACAGCUGUCAGGCCAUUUAGAAAGCAGCAUGGGAAAACCUCAGAGCAGGCAGAGAGGCAAAAUGACCAGAACACCCAACAGGUCCAAUCUGUGUCCCUCCCCGCCUCCCAGCCACGCACCCUUUUGGAGUGUGUGGUGGGUUUGAGCUCGUGGAGAAGGCUACUUCCAUAAACUCAGAGUGGCUGGCUUUCGGUGGGUUUUCAACAGCUUCAAUAGCUUCCACGAGGAAGCAGGUCAGGCAGAAUUAUUGUCAUCAUUAUUAUUAUUAGUAGUAGUAGGUCAUUCCUUUCCAGGCUUUAACAUGUUUAGAGAGCUAUUAAAUGUCCUGGUUCAGAGCCGGAGUGUGCAGCGUGACAAGCGAGACGAGGGAGGCUGCGCUCUCCCAUUGGCAGUUUGGCUGCUCUAUUGUUUCAGGCACAAAAAGAGAAGCUGUGGAGGCCUACCAGCUUAAGAGUAAUUCUUCUCUCCUCAAACUGGACAUAACCUUGGCUCAGGGAGAUACUCUGUAGGGGAGAAUAAAAGAGACUUCUCCUUCUCAAGCCCAGGGUUCCAUCUCUGACAUCUUUCCAAAGGCAAAGGAGUGAAUUGGGGGAUUCACUUUUACCACAAGCUGAAGUGAUAGAUUUCUAUUCUCCGUGUCUGCUCACCAGUCUGCACUGGUAAGAACCUUUCACCGAGGACUUUUUUUUCUUUUUUUAGCAUAGUUGUUUUUAAAUAAAGGAUACUGUAUUUUGGUGUGAGUGGAAAGAGCAACCAUCCUGCUGUCAGUGCUUCUUAUAAAAAAUACUAAGGAUUGAAUAGCAGAGUCAAAAUAAAAUACCUUUCUUUACACUC